AUGGGUGUACUAGAAAAGAUUAAGGAGAUAGAAGGCAAGUGCUCCCAGAAAAACAAAGCAACAGAGUAUCAUUUGGGGCUUUUGAAAGCAAAGCUUGCGAAGUAUCGUCAGCAACUUUUGGAGCCAAGCUCCAAAGGUGGAAAAUCGGGUGAAGGGUUCGAUGUUCAAAAAAGUGGAGAUGCCCGUGUUGCUCUUAUUGGUUUUCCCUCCGUAGGGAAGUCCACAUUCUUAUCCAAGAUGACGAAUACGAUGUCUGAAGCGGCUGCAUAUGAAUUCACUACUCUUACCGCAAUUCCCGGUGUACUGGAGUAUCAUGGAGCCCGUCUUCAACUGCUCGAUCUUCCUGGAAUCGUUGAAGGGGCCAGUCAAGGCAAAGGGCGGCAAGUUGUUGCCGCCGCGAAGACAGCAGACUUGGUCGUCAUCAUGCUGGAUGCCACGAAAAGUCUGGAACAGAAGCAACUAUUAGAAAACGAACUGGAUGCCGUUGGAAUCCGUCUUAAUAAAACGAAGCCUGAUGUGGUGUUCAAAAAGAAAGCAGCUGGUGGAAUUAAUGCAACUGUCAAGCUCACCAAAAUAGACGAGAAGACUAUUCGUACCGUUCUUGCUGGUUAUAAGAUACACAACUGCGACGUCAUGAUACGAGAAGACAUUACUGUGGACGAGCUGAUCGAUGUGCUGCUCGGGAACCGAAAGUACAUACCGUGCCUUUUCGCCCUCAACAAGAUAGACGGCAUCAGCCUUGAAGAAGUUGACCAAUUAGCACGACAACCCCAUACGGUGGUGAUCAGCUGUGAACUGAGUUUAAAUUUGGAUUACCUAAUCGACCGAGUUUGGGAGGACUUAGGUCUAGUUAAGGUAUACACUAAGAAACGGGGCCAGCACCCGGAUCUCACCGAUCCCAUUUGCUUGCGGAAGGGCUCGACUAUAGAGGAUGUUUGUCAUGGGAUUCACCGCUCCCUUGCUGACAAAUUCCGAUAUGCAUUAGUUGGCCUGACACACUUGGUGCAAGACGAAGAUGUGGUCAGCAGUAAGUUGCUACCAAUUUAG